AUCUUAUACUUUAGUUAUUGCAACAAAUAUAAACAUAAGGAUUUUUAAUAUGUAAUCAAACUAGCUUAUAGGUAAUUUACCCACUUCAUGCUAUAAUUCUUUACAGCUAAAACAAGAUGAAAAUUAUUUUUAUGUGAUUUGUAGUUUCUAAAUAUCAAUAUUUGACAAAAGAACUUUGAAUCUAAUUAAUUAUAAAAAGGUAAACUAAUUUACAUACUCUAACAUAAAGGAUGUGAUGCAUAUUUAUUAAGAUAUAUUUAUAUUAAUCCUUUACAAUGAUUUAAUUUUAAUACAAUUAAGCUCUUCAUAAUCUUAAAUAAUUGAAUCAUUUACUAAUCUAGAUAGUCCAUCAAUAUAUUAAAUUGAUAUCAUUUAUUUAGAUUAAAAACAAACCUUACCAAGCUAAAUAUAGUUAAAAUGUUACAGUGAUUCCAAUUUAUUUGAUAUUAAAUAUUUCAUUGAAAGUAGUAGCUAUUCUAUAGAUUCAUAGGUAAACUUUGUUUAAUCUCCUUCAGCAUAUAAUAAUACAUUUUAACAUCAAGAUAUUUAAGGCAGAAUAUUUUCUCAAAAAUUAAAUCUCUUAAAGUAUUACAUUUAAAUGACUAUUUAAUAAUCAAAAUUAGAAUAAAUAUAAAUAUUUUUUGAUAUUUUUACUCAAUGGACUACUGUAGUUUACUCCUUUCCUGUUUUGUAAAAUUCGUUAGAGAAAAAAGGUAUUGCUAAUUUAACUGAUAGCAAUUUUAUCUUACCGUAAUUUUAUGCACUUACUUUUGAAACAAUAUCGCUUAAUAUAAAUCUAAAUUAAAGCAAUUUUAUGCUAAAUUAAUAUGGAAACCUAAAAACUCUGAUUUUUAGUGACAUUGAUUUUGUUUUAGAUAUAGAUUCCUAAUCUAGCUUAAUGAUCAACAAUUUAGAUUAGUUAAUAUUUGAUUCAAUUAACAUUUAAAAUCAAAUUAAUGCAGGAAAUUUUAGUAUUAUUGUUAUUAUGAAUGUGACUAACAUUUUAAUCUCUAAUUUGACGAUAAAAAAUAUCUAAAAUCUAAACCAACCACUUUUUUUAUUCCAAUAAAUAACAAAUAUCACAUUUACUGGAUUAAAUAUAGCAAAUUGUUCUCUCUCACAAGCAGUAUUUAAAUUUGUUGAUUGUUAGAAUAUUUAGUUUUAGCAAUUUUAUAUUGAAAAUUUAAAUAUUUAACAAGGAAAUUUAAUCUAAAUAAUUAAAUCAAAUUUUGUUUCAAUAUCAAAUUUAAAUGUCACCCAAGUAAAAAAGAUUUCUUAAUUUUAAAGAGUAUUAAAAAGCAGACCAGUUUAAAGAAGAUUGGAUAUUAUUUAGUAAAGUUCAGCUACUUCUUUAUUAAAUUUCUAAGGAUGUUACAAUGUAAGCCUUUAAAAUCUUAAUUUUGACCACUUUGUUGAUAUUAGUGUUUUACAAUCCUACCACUAUACUGUAAAUGAAUAGGUCUAAUAUUUCAGCAAAAAUAUCAUAAUAUAAAAUGUUACUUUUCAAUAAUCAGAUUUUUUAGUUUUAGAAAAUAAUUUUUUUUCUAUCACUUCUCUUUAUGCUUAAAUGAGUUAUUUGAAUUUUACUUCAAUUAAUUGUUUAAAUGACUUAAUCUCACUAAAUAUUUAAAACUAAAUAAUAAUCUCAAACUCUUUCAUUUAGGAUAUAUAUUUGUUUAGAGGAAGCGCUAUUAGUUCUGUAUAAGGUUAGGUGUAUUUAAUGUAUACCCAUUUUAUAAAUAUAACCUCUUAUGGUUCUCCUUGUGCAUUAGAAAUUUCAUAAGCUGAUAUAUUUUAUGUUAAUAAAACUAAAUUUGUAAACUUAAAUAAUAGUAAUUAAACAAAAACAAUUGAAAGUAGUAUAAUUUCUUAUUAUUAAGGAGGUGCUAUUGGCAUUUAAAAUGUAAAGUAAACACAUAUAGAAUAUUCUUUAUUCUAAAAUUGCUCAUCUUCAAUGCAAGGGGGAGCAAUCUACUCUUCUCAAUAAAUAUAAGCAAACUUUACAUUAUAUAAGUCAAAUUUUAUUGAAAAUAAAUCAAUUUAUAGCUCUGGAGGAGCUAUUUUUCUUUAAUUUAUAAAAGGAGUGAACAUUACAAAGUCUAAUUUCACAAAAAAUAAAGCUUUAUUCUAAAAUGGUGGAGCAAUUUCAUUAGAUACAUGCGACAUUUUAUAAUUUUCGGAUGAUAUAUUUUCAUCUAAUGAAGCAAGCAUUGGAGGUUCCAUUUACUAUUAAAAAGUUAAUUCUAAUUUGAUUAAAAAAUUUAAUCUUCUAUAAAAUAAUAUAAUCUUUCAGUAUAAUAAAGCCUCUUUCUAUGGGUAAAAUAUUGGAUCAAUUCCAUAAAAUGUAGGAAUAACAAAUAAACCUCAUUUAGAUUCUCUAAAAAUAAUAGAUGAAUACUCAAUUUACAAUAUUGCUAGCGGAAAUUACUUAGAUAAAAAAUUAUUUUUAAAUUUUAUAGAUGAGGAAAACAAUCCUUUCAACUUUGUAGGACCUGAUAUUUUUUAUGAUAGAAGCUAAUUCUACUUUUAGCUUAACAUUUAAAAUAAUAGUUAAAUUAUUAUUUAGGAGGGAAUGAGUGCUUUGAUUAAUAAAACAAUAGGAAUGUUUGAAUUAAACUUUUAAUCAUUUUACAAAAUAUCUUAAAAUCAAACAAUAAGCAUUAUUUCUAAUUAGUUUUAAUAAGGUGUAUUUCUAUCUAUUCCAUUACACUUGUAUUAUAGGAACUGCACAAUAGGAGAGAUUAUUUAAGAAAGCAAUUAAUUCAUUUAGUGCAGUUAAUGUGUUGUAGGGAGAUACUCAUUAAAAAUUCCAGACAUGCAGAAUAAUAUCAAUAAACUUGAAUGUGUAUCAUGUCCAGAAUAAGCUCAUUUCUGUUAAGGAUCUGAAAUUUAGUUAAAGGAUGGCUACUGGAGAGAGAGUAAUUUAACAGAUUAGAUUUACACUUGUUUAUUAGAUAGUUGUUCAUUUAAUAAUCCUCAAAGUAAAAAUGGAUGCCUAACUGGGUUUGUAGGUCCUCUUUGCAAUAGCUGCGAUAAUAAAAAUAAGGUCUGGGGUAAAUAGUAUGGUCUUAAAGAUUAAAACUGCUUUCCUUGCAGCUAACAACUAAAUUAAAUAGCAUUCGCAUGCUUUUUUAUCUUUUUCUAUGUAUUUUAUAUAGCAUUGAGUUAAUAGAAUAUUAUUGCCUCUAAAAUAAGAAUUAUGAAGUUAAAAAUUUUUAAAUAAAUUUAGUUACUUAUAACAAGUAACUUGAGUUCAUCUGCAAAUGAGAUUUCUUUAUGGUACAAAAUCUUCAUAAAUUAUUUGUAGAUUUUGUCAUGUAUGGCUAACUUUAACAUAUUAAAUGAACAUAUCUUAUCAACUCCUGUAAAUUUGUUGGGAAAUCCUAUUAAAAUAACAAUCACUUCUUUCGACUGUUUAUUUAAAAUAAAUGAUAAAUAUCCUUUGUGGCUUAAUAGAAUAAUAACUUAGAUUUUUUCAAUAAUCAUUAUUUGUCUCUUAACACUUAUUUUAUUACUGAUUAAAUAGCUUAGAUCAUAUAGAAAGAGGGAAUAAGCUCUUUAAAAAUUCCAUCAAAUGGUUAAAAUGACCUUAGUUUUCAUUUACAUUUUCUAUCAACCACCAAUAUCUAAAAUACUGAUUGAAAGCUUGAUAUGCAUAAAAAUUGGAAGCAAAUACUACUUAACGUCUGAUUAUAGCUAAGAAUGCUAUGACUAUUAUCAUUUAUUAUAUGCUGCAACGAUAGUUAUUCCUUUAAUAAUUACUUUCUGCUUAUUUGUUCCUUAUUUUUUGUAUUCUAAGCUUAAAUAGCUAUAAAAGGUUGAUUAAUAAAAUUAAUAAAUAUCUUAGAAGGUAGAAAAUAUCAUUAAAUAUGGAUUUUUGUAUACUGGUUAUAAGAAUUAUUUUCUGUAUUGGGAAAUUGUUAAAAUAUUUUAUAAAUUCAUUCUGAUGAUACUAAUUAAUAUAGUUUUGGAAGAUAAUAUAAAACUCAUGUUAAUAAUUUGCUUGAUUUCCUUUUAUAAUUAGCAAUUAUAAAGAAAUAAGCCUUAUUAGAAUAUAAAUAUUUACUAAGAAGAGAAGAUUUUGAUGCAGAGGCUUAUUUAUAGCUAUUUGAUGCUUUUUGUAAUUAUAAAUGAUUUUACUGAAAGCAAAAUUUUAAGCCAAAUCAUUUUAGUUGUGAUAUUUCUAAUAAAUAUUAGCUCGAUUUAAAUUAUUUUUAUCAUUCUUGUUGGAUAAAUUAAUUUCGAAAAAGAAAAAUCAAAGCCAAUAGCAAAUUUGAUAAAAAAAACAUUUUUAAAACUAAAAUAAAAAUACCCUAAUUUUUUGAGAUUAUUCAGAAUAAGGUAAGUUAAGCUUAUUAGAGUUCAUUUUCUUUGGAAAAAAGUUAUUUUAAAUAUUAAAAAUAUUUCAUUAAAAAAUAAAAAUAUUCACAAUUAGUAAAAGACAGAAAAAACUAUGAAAAAUGAAAACUUAGAAUAAAUAAAUUAUAAUUUAAAAAGUGAAAUUCAAGAUUUAAAAUCUCCUAUUUUUUCUUCAAAUAACCUUCUAAAAUAGAAUUAUUUAUAAAAAAAUUUAAAAGUAAAAAAUGAUAAUCUAAAAUUGGAGUUUUCUCAAAAGUAAACAAAAUUAGAAUAACAAGAAAUCUUUGAAAAUAUACAAAUAUCAUUAAAAGACAACAAAAAUCUGAGCUUAAAUAAUUAAUAACAUUCAAAUAGUUUAAUAUCCUAGUAAACUGGAAAUUAUAAAAAUAUUCCUAUCACAUAGAAUCCUAUUCAACUUGAAAGCUCACAUGAAAGUACUUUAAUAUUUGAAUAAGAAUUCAAUAAGCAUGAAAUGGCAUAAAAUAUGAUUUUCGAUAAUAUUAUUGCUCCAAAUAAGUUUAAGCAAUAAAAUCUUAACACUUAGAAAAAAUUAGAAUGAAUGAUAAAUAGACAAUAUUUUCUUCAUUUAAUUAAUUAAUAAUAAAUUUUUUUUUAUACUUGUAAUUUUUUCAUUUUUAUGUUUGUAGACUG